AUGUCGAACGUGGAGAUCGCCGAAGACGAGGCCUCGGCCAAUAUGGCCAUUAUCUCGAAUGAGGAGUACAAAAUAUGGAAGAAAAACUCGCCGUUCCUGUAUGACAUGGUGAUCACGCAUGCUCUCGAAUGGCCCACCCUCACAAUGCAAUGGAUGCCUGACAAGGAGGUAUUUGCUGAUAAGGGAUUUACGCGGCAUCGUUUCCUCCUAGGCACACACACCUCUGGUCAGGACAACAACUACCUGCAGAUUGCUACCGUGAAUCUGCCCAACACCGAGGGCGAGGGCCUUGAGGCAAAGCUGGAUAUAAAGGACUACGAUGAAGAAAAAGGAGAAAUUGGCUCGUACUCGUCGGCAUCGACGCGUGUCCAGGUGACACAGCGCAUCAACCACGAGGGCGAAGUCAAUCGCGCGCGGUAUUGCCCUCAGAACUGUGACCUGAUUGCUACUCGUGCUGUCAGUGGCCUUUCAUAUGUGUUUGAUCGUACCAAGCACAGCAACCAGCCGGACAGCGAUGGCAAGUGCCGUCCGGAUAUCGUGCUACGAGGACAGACUCGGGAGGGCUAUGGUCUCUCCUGGAACCCUAUUCGCCAGGGCCACAUUUUGUGUGCGUCCGAAGAUACGACUGUGUGCCAUUGGGACAUCAACGCAUACCAAAAAGAGACUAAAACCCUCGAUCCAGUCCGGACGUAUCGUGGUCAUUCGGCUAUCGUGGAAGAUGUUGCCUGGCACAACCACCAUGAGCACCUAUUUGCGUCUGUUGGUGACGACCGCCAGAUGCUGCUCUGGGACACGCGUGAUUCGGGUGAGGCGCCGAAGUACCGCGUCGAGGCACACCAGGGUGAGGUCAACGCCGUGGCCUUCAGUCCAGCGAGUGAAUAUAUCAUUGCGACAGCCUCCAGCGACAAGACAGUUGGCCUAUGGGAUCUGCGUAAUCUGAGUGUGCACUUGCAUUCACUCGAGGCCCAUAAAGAUGAAGUGCUGCAGCUGGCAUGGUCGCCGCAUCACGAGACGGUUCUUUGCUCCGCCUCCGCUGACCGCCGAGUCAAUGUGUGGGACCUGAGCCGUAUUGGCGAAGAGCAGACGGCCGAAGAUGCUGAGGACGGCCCGGCCGAAUUGCUGUUUGUGCACGGCGGUCACACUAGCAGGCCGACGGACCUGACAUGGAGUCCUCAGGACCCCUGGAAGGUGGCGACAGCUGCUGAAGACAACAUUGUCAUGGUAUGGCAGCCGGCUCGCUCGAUUGUUGAGCCUGUCGAGGUCGAGCCGGAUGCCGCCGAACUGGAGUAG